GACAGCGGCUUGGGCGUUACUUCUAUUCAGGAAACUAUUAUUUCUCUUGUUUAUUUUCCUCUUUGCAUCAUCAGCUGGACGAGCCGGAGUUCUACAGACACCGUCCCUGUCCCCGAGGAGUGCUUCAUGGUCACCCAUCAGAUACAGCACACCCAUGAAAAGAAAAGCUAGUACUCCCCUGCGUCCCAAACGCAGCAGGUCGGUCAGUGCCGGCGGUGAUUGUGCUCCAGAGCCGGGCACAGUGCUUAGCUCCAAUGCACUACCAAACUCUGACACCGUCCCAGAAUCGACCUCGCUCAUCCGACACCUGAGCAUGUCGAGGCACAGUCACAACCUCCUCAAGUUUUUGGAUGAGGACCGGAGCCGGGGGAAGUUCUGCGAUGUGUCCGUGUCUGUGGGUGGAACGAUCUACAGAGCCCACAAGGUGGUGUUGGCUCACGGGAGCAGCUACUUUCACGCUGAGCUGUCCAAGAACCCUGCAAUGACCAAUGUGACUCUGGACCACGUGGAGGACUCUGUUUUCCAGCACCUGCUCGACUUUUUGUACACCUCCGAGUGUGUUGUCACAGGCACAGACCUCCCGGCUCUAAUUGAAGCAGCACGAUUUCUGGACAUGAUGGAUAUACUCAAGAUGCUGUGUAAAGAAGGGGAGGUCCACCCUGUAAGUGUGAUCCAGGCCCAGGCGGAGAUAAGAGCGUCUUCAGAGGUAGAAAUGACCUCCAGUGACUCACCAGCAGGCAACGCUGACGACCAGAGCCCACUUGAGCAGAGCAACCUGUGCACUCGCCAGUUUAAUGCAGAGAACUCUGUGCAGAGCCACUUGGCUGAGAGUCACGGGGAUGCACAGCAGGAAACCCUGACAGAGGGAGAGAAGGCAGAAGGUCAGAGGACUGUUCUCACACGGAGAUCAGCUCGUAGGAGGAGAACACCCACUAAGUAUAAGAGAGAUGAUGUGGAGUGCUUUGUCAACACACCUGAGGAAACACAGAAGAUUUUAUCACCAAGCGAGGGGCACAAAGCUAGAGAAGAGGAAGCAGGAAAUGGGGUUGUGGAAAAGCAGACAUCCAAACCGAGCUUAAAAGAGACGUCUAAACCAGCUCUCGACGAUGACGUGGUGGACGAGGAAGAUGAAGCGGAGGAGGGAGGAGACGCGAACGAGGAAGUGUCUGCCCAAAAGACAGCAGCUGCAGACAAGAGCGCAAGUCAGCAGGGUCCGGAUGGAGAAGGGUCAGAGUGCCUCGGUGUUCGAGAGGUGGAGGUGCAGGCGCCCGCGGCAGGAAGCUCAAACCAGAGCCCAGUGUACCCUGAGGGUCUGGCCCCAGUCAUCAUCCAGACCUCCAGCAAGAAGAUUCUCAUGUGUCCCAAAUGUGACAAGACCUUUGACCGUGCAGGGAAGUACGAGAGUCACACCAGAGUGCACACGGGCGAGAAACCGUUCCAGUGUGACAUCUGUUUCCAGCGCUACUCCACCAAGUCGAACCUGACCGUGCACAGGAAGAAGCACGCCGGCGACGCUCCCUUCCAGAAGAAGGAGCACAAAUGCCCCUUCUGCAACAAGCUGCAUGCCAGCAAGAAAACCCUGGCCAAACAUGUCAGGAGGUUUCAUCCAGACAACAUCCAAGAGUUUCUUACCAAGCGGAAGAGGAAGAGUGAAGGCUGGAAAUGUGCUAUUUGUCUGAAGACCUUCACCCGCAGCCCUCAUCUGCAGGAGCACUUGAUCCUGCACACACAGGACCGCCCUUUUAAAUGCACCUUCUGUGAUGAGCACUUCAAGUCGAGGUUUGCCAGGCUGAAGCACCAAGAAAAGUACCACUUAGGUCCGUUUCCCUGUGAGAUCUGUGGCCGACAGUUCAAUGACACAGGCAACAGGAAGCGACACAUUGAGUGUACUCACGGAGGCAAGAGAAAGUGGACUUGUUUUAUCUGUGGGAAAUCAGUGCGGGAAAGGACAACGCUGAGGGAGCAUAUGAGGAUCCACAGUGGGGAGAAACCUCACCUGUGUAGUAUCUGCGGCCAAAGUUUCCGUCAUGGCAGCUCCUACAGGCUCCACCUCCGAGUACACCGCGAUGACAAGCGCUACGAGUGUGACGAAUGUGGGAAAACCUUUAUACGCCACGAUCACCUGACCAAGCAUCAGAAAAUACACUCCGGUGAGAAAGCACACCAGUGUGAGGAGUGUGGGAAGUGCUUCAGGCGCCAUGACCAUCUGACUGUCCACUACAAAAGUGUUCAUUUAGGAGAGAAAGUCUGGCAGAAAUAUAAAACUGCAGUGCAUCAGUGUGAGGUCUGCAAGAAGGAAUUUAAAGGAAAGUCCAGUCUGGAAAUGCACUUCAGGACUCACUCAGGUGAGAAACCCCACAGAUGUCCUGAAUGCCACCAGACGUUUCGGAUCAAGAAGACCUUGACAAAGCACAUGGUGAUUCACUCGGACGCUCGUCCUUUUAACUGUCCACAGUGCAGCGCCACCUUCAAAAGAAAAGACAAGCUCAAGUACCACGUCGACCAUGUGCACAGCACGCGAUUCACCGGGCAGCCCGUCAGCGCCCUCAGCGAGGACAAAAUGGUCUCCAUCCCUUUUGAGGACACCUCGAAGGCGUAUCGCACCGAGCCUAAGUCGGCUCUUCAAAGCGGCCCCCUGCCCGCAAUGAAUGUUUGCGUGCCAGUCACUUUAGUUCCUGUCCAGACGGCAGGAGGAGCACAAGGUGAGCUGAACACAUCCGGGGCGUCGUCUCUCCCCUCCCAGACUCAUAAUGUUGUGAGCAUGCAGGCUCAAGGACAGCAGCAGAACUCCGGCUACCAGGCCGCCACCGACCUGGCGUUCUUGGAGAAGUACACCCUCACCCCCCAGCCCACCAACAUCGUCCACCCCGUGAGGCCUGAUCAGAUGCUGGAUCCGCGAGAGCAGUCCUACCUGGGCACGCUACUGGGACUGGACUCAUCUUCCUCUGUACAGAACGUGUCCAACUCUGACCACAGGCACUGAUGCUCCUUACUCCACUGAGUCUUAAAGGAACCCAAUCAUUUGAAUCAGAAGAACAAAACCUCAGUAUUCACCACUAAAAUAUGUCUGCAUUUUGAGCCGGAGCAGCUUUUUGAACUGUAAAUUACUCAAUUUAAGGCUACAUCAACACAUGUCUUCCUUUGAAAAAGCAUCAACUCUGCUCCAGAUACACCUGCUGUCCACACUGUUCCUGAGUCUUAGAAUUAGAGCCACUAAAACUGAGACGUCUGGAAACACUGCCGAUCCCGUUUUAGUCUGAGACGUUUUGAAACAAUGACGUAGACACUAGGUUUGCACGAUAUAUCGAAAAUGUAUCGUCAUCCCGAUAUCAACCUGCGCGAUAAACGUAUCGCAAAAGACUGCUUGAGCUGCGAUGAAUGGUGUCCAAUGCGCCACGCAAACUGGGUGGAACUGUGGAUUUAUACCAGGGCGUUUUUCAUUUUUUUUGGCCCAGUAUAAUAAACCAUGACAAAUACCACUUUAACUCUAAAAUCAGGAACUAAAAGUGAAAAUGACAAUUUUGGGAACAGUUUGAUACCAGUAACAUGGUCACACAAAUUGGCUUUAACAAUAUUUUUUCUUCUCGUGCAUCAAUUUUAGCACAAGCCUUUAGUGUCACGGAAUGACACAAUUCAUCUUGAUUCUUCAAUUGGCAGAAAACUUAAUGAAGGUUUUGAGGACUUGGUUGAUCAUUCAUGUUCCUAAAUGCACAACAUGUACUUUUCUGCUGCUCAGGGUCUCUCAAUCAAAACCAUAACAAGUUUUGCAUGGAAUCAUGGGAAUUGUUGUCGUUACCACCAUCGUCACCACUUCGCUCAGCUACUCCUGGUUAUGAUUCCUGCAGUGUUGAUAAAUCAUGAGGUUUUUAGCUGGAGCCGAAUCAUCCACAUUAUCUGCUAAACAACCAAUAGUGAUGUUUGUACAUAGGAGACAAGUGACAGACAAGUAAAUGGAAUUAUGAAUUUUCUGGGUUUAAAAACGGCAGGAAACUUUUGGGAUGGUGGCAGAACACAACACAACAAAAGAUUACAGAGGUCUAAUGGUCUUUUGGCCAUUAGCAUUUUCGAUUAACUGAACAUGCUAUUUUAUUGUACAUGUAUAUCGCAUGUGCGAGAAAAAAUGGCUUAAUUGCGCCGCCCCCAAAAUUUUAAAUUUAGUUUGAGACCAUAGAAAAGCUCAUGGAUCCAUACACUAAACCCAACAGGAGAAUUCUAUUUUCAGUUGCAAAUUGUUUGCCUUUUCCACGCCUCAUACUUUGACAAAGUCAUCCAAGGGAAUUAAUCCAGUUCCCUUAACUGAAUCUUAUAGAGCUUGACAAUGGGAGGUUGCAAAGGUUUUUAGUCUUCUUUGAACAACAGGAUGCAUUCAAUAUUUUUUGGAUGAAAACCUGUACGUGGUCAGAUCUGUUCUGUACAACAUAUCACAUUGUGUCACUCCAUUGUAACGUCUUGGCAUCUGCACCUCCCAGACACAGCACAAAGCUGCAGGUAACCUUCAAUACUCUACACAGCUUAAAUUAAAAUUAAAAUGGUAAAUCAUAUGAAAUAUGAUUAAAGCAAUUAUGAACAAUUUCCAACUGUGAAAUGAUUGAAUUUCAGAGGGUAGUUGAAGAAAGAGACGAAUUAAAUAGAAAUCCUGUGUAAAAGUAUCAGUUGCAGCUCGAAGAGGUGUUUCUGUUUUAAAUUGUGCCGCAGCUGUUAUUGUUUUUAUUGUCUGUCAAUUAACUGAGUUAAUAUUAAUGAUCUGUUACAGAAUUGAUUCUGUUCUGAAGCUUUGCAAACUUUGUGUCACGAUCAAUUAAAUCAGUGAAUGAACGUGUGUUUCAUUAGCCUUGUGACAGACUAGACAGAUGAAUGGGUUGAUUUCAGGGGAGGAUUUAGAAAAACACAAUCCUAGAAAGACAAGUGAUUCCAGUCCAGGUUUUAACCAGGCCGACUACCGGUCAUUUGUGUGGCUGUGAACCAACAGAAAAACACUUAACUCCAACUUGUUGUAGGAAUUUAUGAGAAGCCUGAAAUUGGCUUUAGAAAAAGCCGACAUGAUAUAAUGUUACAACAUAUGUAUCAUCACAGGCAUAACUUCAGUUUUCCAGGCUGGCAUCUGUUUUCAUUCAGGGAACAUCGUCCUCUUCAUCAAAGUGCCUGAGCAACCAUUCUGUUCAAAAGACAGAGGUUUUACAAACAACAAACCAUGAUAACAAAACACAAACAAUAAUAAAGAUUAUAUUAUGAACCCAUAGUCAUACAUGCAUAUGAAAGUUAUGCUACAUUAUUGCAUCAUACAAGCUUAUUACUCACCAACUUUGUUGUGAUCCACAUACAACCUAAAAAUAAUCAUAUGUUAGCACAGCAGUGAGUAUUGUUCUAUCAAUUGAAGUCAUUGACGAAUUCACAACAAGAAAUGACACAUAACGUAGAAAUUCUGCUGUUAAAUUCCCGUUUUUUAGUUCCAGCACAUUGACACUGGCGUCGCACUUAAUCACCAAAAUCUUUCGUAAAGGUUUUAGAACACGCCCACUCGCUUGCCUUGAACUUUCUGGACUUCCCCCCCUGACCACUAUAAUACGUUUUACCAGACUCUACACACACAUAUCAUAGCUGAAAAGGAUUUAAUGUAUUUCCGUUGUACUGAGCUUAAAGUGAUACUUACAUUCACUUAACCUAAUUAUUCCAUCAGUGCAGCGGACCACAGAAAAAUGAGGAGUCAACCAGUCGUCCACACAUCUCAUUGACACCUUCUCACCAUCGUUCACAUAUUUCACUCCAUCAGGUUCUAAUUCAGGAUAUUGCCGAGUGUCCACAGAACAGUAGGUAGCUGCCCAAAAGGAAAAAAUAAA